UGGAGAAGGCAAAUGCAAAGCCCUUCCAGAUGACUGAAAAACAGUGGGUCCUCUGCAGCUACAGGGGAUUCUAGACAUUAACUAAAGGCCAGCAAGCACUCAAGUCCCCAAGUGUUUUCCUGGUGUAACCACUUGUUAACUACAUUUUCUCUUCUUCUUUUUAUUUUUACAUUUUAGGGUGUUACAGUAAUUUGAAAGGCAAUGAGCAGGGUUUUUGGAACUUACCUUAAAAACAAAGUGCUGAGAAGACACCUCUUCUUACAGAAGUCUUAUUAAACUCUUCUAGACUUGCUUUAGAAGUAAUUGAUUUCCAUUGUACUGUUUCUUGAUUUACUUCUGAAAUAAUGGAUUUUCCCAGAUCGCUUGAAUGAAAUAAAAUCUCUGCAGAUUAAGUCAUACUACAGUAAUAAAUGUGGUACAUGGCCUGGGGUCAGACCUAUAAUCAAGACACUGUAAUGCCGUAGGCUGUCUUUUGAGGCCUGGGGAGCUGUCUUAUCUUUAUGUUCCUUAAACUUAAAAGAAAUGAAAACUUAAUUUCUGGAAUGUAGGAAUCUGCAGCAUGACCUUUGGUUGAGAUGUGCUGCUUUUUCAGAGUACAGAACACAUUCCAAAAUUGCCAUCGAGUUACUGCUUCUGCUUUUGCUCGUUUAGGUAUAAUAGCAUAGGUGAAAGGCAUCUUGUCCUCGUCUUUGUAUUAAAGAAUUAUAUAGCAACAGUCCAUCUGAGCUAGUACUGAAAUAUUCUCCAAGGCCCAUGGUGAAGAAUGUUAGUGCUUAACUUUUCCAAUAAGGAUAAAAACGUUUUUUUUCUCUUUGUCAGUCUGACUUUGUCCAUUGUGCUCGAUGGUGGAUAAAUCUGGCACAUAAUCUGCCCAGUAGUUUUGGCUCAGAUUGUGUAAAGAAAAUAAAAUGAAUAAAGUGGAAUAUUUCAAUGGGCCUGUUUAAAUCCAGGAGUUCCUCAUGGGCUGUUUCUUGUGGUGUUCUAGCGGUUCAGAAUGUUGAUGGUUUUGGCAUAAUGAUGUGGCGUAUCACAAGCCAUGUUCAGCCAAUGAAGUUAUGCCCCUGGUUUUGUAAUCAUAUGCUUUUGUCCCUGUGCUGGAGUAUAGUUUUCCCUGCAAAUGCAUACUGCCAGGGUCCCAAUUCAACAAGCUAUUUAAGCACGAUACAGCAAGUUUCUUAAAACCAUAGUGAAGUUGCUCAUGUGCUUAAAGCCAGGCAUAUGCUUAACUACUGUGCUGAACUGGGCCCUUUUAUCUUUUCUUUUCUAUUGUGAUAAUUCUGUAUUAAUAAUAUUGCCUGUCACUAAAGUCAAUGUUUAUUAUCUGUUUAGUGCAAUAAUUAUCCCCUAUACCACAAGCGCACUCCAGGUUUAGCAUACACAGACAUUUUGGUGUUGGCUGUUGCUUUGUGUUAUAGAACUAUACACAAAGUCUACGGUAAGGUUUAGUAUUUGUAAUUUUCACUGUGCUAUUCCUAGAUUUGGAAGGAACUCUAAGAUUAAAGGUGGCUGGGGGGGGUAUUUAGGCUCUUUGGUUAAUGUUUGUUUCUUUUGUCUGUUUCUUUUUCUUUCAUUUCUACACAUUCAUGCAGUAUUUCAUGGUUCUAACAAAGCAGCAGUAAAAAAAACUCUUGAAGCAUGAAAAUUAACUGUUCUUUUCCCUGGUUCAGCCUGAACUAUAUACCAGGCCCUGCUGAAAAUACCACCCAACAGUUUUCUUCUGCAGCUUAUCCAGUUUCUCUUAAGUGCCCUGUACAUAUUGUAUGUUUUAUGAUGAGAUGCAGUUUCUUAAUAUGUAUUACAGAAACACUACUGGUAUUUGCAAAUAUAUAGUAAAAUUGUUUUAUUGAACUCUCAUUUUGGGGGCUUGGGCACAUUAACAAAUUAAUCCAUCUGUAUAGGGCUUUUGCUGUUGGAUAGAAUAAAAAUACCUACAUAAUUACUUGUUUCGUAGUAGGACCCUUAAAAUUAUAUGUGCAGAGCAGGCAGUGAAAUAAGACGCUUGUCUUAGUUGGCUGCAAGAUUUUGGGCCAGAAGUUUCUUCUGAAAUGGCAGUGUGUAGCAGCAUUCUUGGUACAAUAAGCAUGGCACAUAUUGGAACAAAUGCAUUUUACUGCACAGGUAAGGAAUGUGCCACGAUAUACUGUAUGUAUGCACCCAUCCACCCACAGACACACAUACACAGCGUGCAUUUGAAGAUCUGCAGAGACUCAUUUUCAUUUGACAAGUCAGCAAAAGCCCUACGCUUGAUUCAGCAAAAAAAAUAUUUCCAUACCUUCUCUUAAGUUUUACAAAAUUUAUAUGGUAGGUGUAAAAGAAAACAUAGUGAACUGUACCAUAUUAUUAACCCCUAAAUCAAACUUUUUUUGUCUUGUGUAUCUUGAUUUUUCUGUGUGCUUUAUAGUGAAGCAGCCGACACGAGUCGUUGUUCAUAAAACAGCUUUUGAAAGUUGAGAGCACACCCCUGGAGAACCGACUGUGCUUGCUUACGUUUGGUUCAUGACUUAAAAAUCGAGUACAGGUGAUGAAAUCUUGGCAGUGUUAACAAAAAAGUAGUGUGUAUUGUGCUAUUUUUUUGCUCUAGAAACUUAACCAUUUGUAGAGAAAAAGGAACAGUCAAAUUUUCACACAUUGAAGUUUCAUUCUGACAAAAAAUUAAUGAUAAAUAUUAAUAGACAUCAAGCUUUGUAUUUUAGCCAACAUAAGUACUUUCAACAAACUCAGGUGGUGUAUCAGGGAGACAUUUUCUGGGUGUAUUUGUGUAUUUUCUGCCUUUGGAAUGGGACGUGUCCUAAUGCAAGGCUAUUUCUCUGCAGGAGUUAUUCCUGAUGAGACUAAGGCUUUGUCUCUCUUGGCACCAGCUAAUGCUGUGGCAGGUCUGCUGCCGGGAGGCGGACUCCUGCCUACUCCCAACCCACUCUCUCAGAUUGGUGCUGUUCCUUUAGCUGCUUUAGGAGCUCCUGCUCUUGAUCCUGCCCUAGCUGCUCUUGGGCUUCCCGGAGCAAACUUAAACUCUCAGUCUCUUGCAGCAGAUCAACUACUGAAACUUAUGAGCACAGUGGAUCCAAAGUUGAACCAUGUAGCUGCAGGUCUUGUUUCACCCAGUCUGAAAUCCGAUACCUCCAGUAAAGAGAUAGAAGAAGCUAUGAAAAGAGUACGAGAAGCACAGUCGUUAAUCUCUGCUGCUAUAGAGCCAGACAAAAAAGAUGAAAAACGAAGGCAUUCAAGGUCAAGGUCACGCUCAAGGAGGAGGAGGACACCUUCUUCAUCUCGACACAGACGGUCAAGAAGCAGAUCGAGGAGAAGGUCCCACUCAAAAUCAAGAAGCAGGAGGCGAUCUAAAAGUCCAAGGCGAAGAAGAUCUCAUUCCAGAGAGAGAAGCAGAAGGUCUAGGAGCACAUCCAAAACCAGGGAUAAAAAGAAGGAAGAGAAAGAAAAGAAACGCUCUAAAACUCCCCCCAAAAGCUACAGCACAACUAGACGAUCAAGAAGCACAAGCAGAGAAAGACGACGUAGAAGAAGCAGGAGCGGAACACGGUCGCCUAAAAAACCCAGGUCUCCUAAAAGGAAAAUGUCCCGAUCCCCAUCCCCAAGAAGACAUAAAAAGGAAAAAAAGAAGGAUAAGGACAAGGAGAGAAGUAGAGAUGAGAGGGAACGGUCAACAAGCAAGAAAAAAAAAAGCAAAGACAAAGAGAAGGAUCGAGAACGAAAAUCCGAGAGCGAUAAAGACGUGAAACAGGUCACAAGGGAUUAUGAUGAAGAAGAACAGGGGUAUGACAGCGAGAAGGAGAAAAAGGAGGAAAAGAAAAUGGGCGAUUCUUCCUCCCCCAAGGUGAAGGAGCCCGGCGCUGAUAAAGGAAGCGGCGAUUCAGCGAGGGAAUCCAAAGUAAACGGGGACGAUCACCAUGAAGAGGACAUGGACAUGAGUGACUGAGCUUUGCCUGUGCAGCGAGCACGGCUGCGACGUGCAUCAGUGUCAUCCCUGUGUGAUUCUCUUCCGCUGUACUUGUUAAUCCCCAAUCUAGAUGUGCGCAGCUCUAAGCGACGCGUGGUCUGUGAAUCUCCUGACCCGAACUCCCACCACAAGCUUCCUCGCGCGGGGACCAGCCUCGCGAGGGCCCCAGGGGGAUUGCCUGGCCGAGCGAGUUUAACUCGGUGAUGCUUCGAGCAAAAGUACAAAGCUGCAUGCAUCUCCAGCAGGCAUGGACCGUUUUGUUGUAUGAUCUCCUUUAGUAAAUCAGCUCACUUAACGAUAGUGUUUCUAGAAUUUUGAUUCGUUGCAGUACUAGAGCAGUAGAGGGAAUGCACUGACUGCAUGUUGGUUGUGGCAGAAACAUCCUCAGUGUUCUGAAGUCCUACCGCACGUGGUGGAUCUACUUAAGGGUCUUAAGUGUGACUACACAACAAAAAUCGACAGUACAUCUGAAAAUAAGCAUUCUGUUAUAGAUAGUUUUGGGGUUUUUUUGUUUGUUUUUUUUUUUUUUUUAAGCCACGUGGCUGGGGUUGGUUGGUUUUGUUUUGUUUUUCCCGGUGGGUUUUGUUUGGCUUUGACAAAGUUAAAAUGCACUAAACUUUUUGGGGGCUUUUUUUUUUUUUUUUUUUUUUUUUUUUAAAUGUCAGUUCAAAUCCAUCUCAGGCGAGUUGUAAUGGUUCUUAACUUUUCUUCUUGAGCCUUGGGAAGUCAAUCUCUGCUUGAACAGUGCCCGGUGAUUAAAGGUUGAUUUUGUGCAGAGUUCAUAAUCCAGGUGGGUUUGUCAGUGAGCUGAACACACUGCAAAAAGGGUAGUGCAUUUUAAAAUUGACCUUCGUAUGCUUUUAAAAGCAAGUCUACUUGAUAAUGUACUUUUUACUUGAUCUCAAGUUGUAUAAACUAAUAAAUUUGUGUUUACUGUCACUGCAGUAGUAAUCUUAUGCACACAGUGAUUCCAUGUUAUAUGCAAAGUAGUUAGGCAAGCUGUUUUCUUAGUUACAAAAGCUCAAGAGCUUUUACUUUUGUGCAGGUAAAAAGACAAAAGUAGGCUACAGUCUGUGCCAUGUCGAUGUACAGUUUCUGAAAUUGUUUUACAAAACUUUGAUAAUAAAACCCUUAAACUUA